UGUUUCGUGUUCGGUGAUGGAAAGGCGCCGACCGUUCGAAGAAGCGUAGUAGCUCAUGCAGAGGAUGCCCGUUCAUCGAUGAAACGCUGCUGCCAUGUCGCGGGUGGAAGCGAAAGAUGUGGCGUCAGCAGCCUCAGCAGCUUCUGCGAUGAGCGGUGUGUGCGGGCGCAUGACGUCAGAAUGUGGUGUGCUGGGUGUGUACCUGUCGUCCUGGGAUCACGUGAUGGGGCCACAGCUGGUGUUCCGGUGGCGCAUGCAGUGCCCCGGUGCAGUCGCCAGCGCUGGCACCCCUGAGUGUUCGGCCGACUGUGGCCCGCACUUCCUCAAGUGCCACCAGUUUCUGGAAAACCCUGAAGGCUUUCUCGCUCGAGGAGAGGCACCGCAGCAGGCAUCACGGCGUGAUGAGGAGUUUGACGUACACGCGGCCAGUGUACUGCAGCUGUUGCACGGAGGUCUGGAACGACGAGGUACGCGGUCGUGCCUGCUGCUGCUUCCGGACAAGCGGGCCGCCCUGCAUGCGGUCACCUUUGACCUCUCGGCCGGGGCACCCGUGUGCCUGGCCGCACUGUUCCCAAUGAAGGCACUGGCCGACCUCUGGCUGCUGCUGCCCCUCACUGACCUGACCCUGGCACGAGUAGCACUAGGUCUGCCAAACGCCUGGGUACGCUUUUCAGAUCGGGAGUUGAUGAAAAGCCUGAGCAGUGCAACCUCAUUGUUGCACCGUUACUUCCAGUUAGCCUCAUCCCUGCUGAGUACCAGGAUGCUCGAUCGAAGGGCGUCAGUGAAUGCACUGAGCCGGGCUGAUCGCCUACCAGAGGAGCUGAUUCGACGAGCACUCCAGUCGCACUUGCAGACGCGCCGCUGCUCCAUUGUCAUCGGUGACAGCGCCUCUCAGGUAGAGCCUGCGCUGAACGCCCUGCGAGGCCUGCUCGAUCACGAGGAGCUGUUCUGUUCCCUGUGGGGCGACACCCUCGAGCCCUGCUACCUGCCAGGUCUUCAACUACAGGGCUUGGUCCGGGGUUCUGCGGGGAGCCCCCUCUCAGCCCGCGAGCUCAUCUGGUCUCUGCACCCGUCCACGGUGGUCGACAUGGCACAAGGGCGCGUCUGGCAGUGCCCGCUACACGUUGGGUACCAGGGUCCCCUGACGCGCAAGCUGAAGGCCGCACGCACUCCGUCGGCAGAGUCGCACGUGUCGCAGUUUGUGCAGCAGCUGGGACGAGCCCCCAACACUGCCGCGGCUGAGCAGCUGCUGCAAGCCUUCCAGAGGCAUCUGCGCGUCAAGGCAGCAGCCCUCAUCCAGUGCGCCUCCCGCUCCAGGCGAGCCCUGUCAACGAAGUACCUGCAGUCGGUGCUGGCCGUGCCGUACCUGUCCGACUUCUUGGUCAUCCUCGCAGAGGCCGAAAAGCUGAGACCGGGGCUGUCACGCUACGUCCUGCCGCCGACCUGACGACCGCCCCCGACGAUCUAGCUCUUCACAAUCGUAGCUCCUUGAAUAAAAGAAUCCUUUCUCGAUCGA